UUGGUCAAUACUUGCUUGUGGCUGAUCCCUAUUGUUCAUGGUCUUAACCUAUUUGUUCAGCUUACUAGUAUGAUAUGGGGUGAUGACGGUGAGACAGGCGACCAUAUUGUGCCUUUUAAAGUAAGAAGGGAACAACUUAGCAAGAAAGAACGGAGCGAAGAGUCUAAGACACUUAAGCCAGCUGAGCAAACUGGGACUAAAGUUAACCUCAACGAUGAUAGUAAAUUUGGGAGCAGUUCGGGCAUUGAUGUCGAUAAAGGGACUCCUCCUCAGCCAGAUUUUUGUAUGAGUUCAUGGCCUGACUCAUCUCUAUCUAAUGCCAGAGAAGCUGGACCAGAUUCGAGUGCCACCGAACUUUCUAAAUGCUUAGCUGAGCCAGCCGGAUAUAUAUCUACGAGAGGUGAGAAAACGUCUGAACUUGGGAAAGGCCCUGAUAUUUUUCAUAGCACUGAUGAGGAGCAAGGUGGUUUUGAUGAGUACGGGUGGGCUAACAUUGGUAGUUUUGAUGAUCUUGAUCGAAUGUUCAGCAAUGAUGUCCCUAUAUUUGGUGAUGGCAGUCUCAACGAUCCUGAUGAGUUAUGGUCUUCUUCUAAAGAUGUAUCCAAUAGUCCAUCAAAAUCAUUACCAUCAAUUUUGGACUCUCAAGAUUUAGAAUUGGAUAUUCAAGCUAAGUUUGAGCGACAAGAGAACCAGCAAUUUCCAGUGACUGGAAACGCAAACGCCAAUGGUCCGUCAUCCCAAAAUGUGCUGAGUGUACAUGUUACCCCAAAGGCUGAGCAAUAUCGCGAGCAUACGGGUCAACCCUCAGUUGAGGACCAGCCAUAUCAACAAAAUAAAAUGAUGAAGUUUUCGAAAAUGUCUGGGACUUCUGAGACGGGAGCAUUUCAAGAUCUGUACGGUCAGAGGACUUCAUCCAGGAAUUCACCUGGAAAAUUUGUAAAUCAGUUGGCACCGUCACGAUCCUCUUUGAUGGCUGUUAAUAUGCAGAGAGAGUCUCAAGGGUCUGGGACAUCACACUAUCCACAUAUGCCAAACCAAUACAUGGCUACUUCUGGUUUUGGUAAUCUUACAAAUCCAUAUUCUACUGUGCCUGUACUUUCGGCCGUCCAAUGUCCUGAUGCUAAGAAUCAGUUGUUGCAUCCUCCCUACAAUCCUGCAACUGCUGUCACAGAUGCCUCUGUACGACCUUCAACAAUGACGCCACAGGAAAAACUUGAAAAACUUAGACGCAGACAGCAAAUGCAGGCAAUGCUUGCUAUUCAGAGACAACAGCAGCAAUUUCGCCAUCAGGUGCCUGUAGCAGAUCAAUCCAUUUCUCAGAACUGUAGCCAAGAUAAUCUACUCCAGCUUGCCGACAAAACUAAUCUCCAAAGGCUAACUGCAAUGCCUUCCUUCGAUCCUAAUUCCUCUUUGGAACUAGAUGAUAUUCGCAGCGCCGCUGCUGUUGAUGAUUCGGCAGAAUUCUCGGUUCUUUAUAGGCUUCAGGAUGUUGUGGCAAAGUUGGAUAUGGGAACACGGACUUGUAUACGGGAUAGCUUAUUCCGGUUAGCUGGUAGCGCAGGUCAGAGACAUCACCCUUCUAAGAAGACUAGCCAGGAUGACCAGGAAGUUACUGCCAAAGAAGAAUCCAGAUAUAGAUAUGCUGGGAUCCCAGACACAGAAACAGUGACGAAUCCCACAGACAGAACUGUGGCACAUUUGCUCUUUCAUAGGCCUUUUGAUAUGUCGGCGGCAAGGCAUAUGGAAGGACCAGAAUCACCCGCUUCUUCGAAGAUGGGAACUGGAGGAAAAGGGAGUUUUCCUAAACGAGAGAAUCGCAUAGAUAAGCAGAAAGCAAAAGAGGAAGACAUAUCUGCAGGUUCACUUGCUUUAGGAAAUGCACCAAACUCUGGAUCCAGUAGUACUGUUGGUGAGAAGGUUGUUGAAGCAUCGCAAGGAAACAAAAGAAAGUUGUGA